AUGGGGAUCCCAGAGCCCGACGAGCUUGACUUUGGAAUGCUGGGAUUUUUUGCGGGCAAGGUGGCAGACCAGUCGGUGGCCAUAUCCGGCGCAGGCAGCCCGGACCGGCGCAGCUGCAAGUCGCUGUGCGGUGGCAUGGGCACUUCUGGCACCUGCGGCAGGUUCAGCCUGGGCGGCGGCAGCGGUGCAGAGGAGGUUGACUUUGGCAAGGAGGAGCUCCGCGGCGUGUAUGACGAGCUGAACACCGCAGACCGCGGCGACAUGGUGACCCUGGGCAGCCCGCAGCUGGGCCUGGAGGAGAUGGCCGGCCUGUCGUCAAUGCUGGGCGGGAGGCGCUUCAAGAAGAGGUGCAUGGUGUUCUGCCCCAGGUUGGUGCAGGAGCAGGCCCAGAGGCUGGGAUACGCAUCGCAGAUCCGGCGCGCCGGGUGCGAGAUACUCUCUGACUGCUGCACAUGCCUCACGCCCCUGAUAGACAGGGGAGAGGUCGACUCGGUGACCACCAACAGCGUCAAGGGGGCGUACUAUCUCAAGAGAUCAAACGGCGUGGACGUGAACCUCAAGCCGCUCUCAGAGAUUGUGGAGGACGAGACCGGUUGGUCGUGA